AUGCUUACUAAAAUCGUAGCAGAUCCCGGUCGCCUCGGCGACGCCGCACACCUUAUCGACACGGAGAUCAUAUACCAAAUCCAAAUCCAAGGCCACGGAUCAAACUACACUAGCAAGAAGACUAGUGUUCCUGACCAAAGUGACUGUCUCCUAAAAGGCAUAUGCAUGGAAAGCGGAAACAUUCCCGCUUACCUACCCACGCCCAUGCCGCCUGUCUGCUCAAUUUGCCAACCUCGAGCCCACCGACACGGUCCCGGGCUGCUGCUGCCAAGACAUGUGAUCGAGGAACUACAAGGUGAUGGAAAUAGGGCCGUGGCCAUGACCGACUGGCCAUCCGUGAUCGGUGAUACCACAGGUCGCGUUGAGUACCAGCUGAGUUACCUUAAAGUCUUGGACGACAUAGUAUACACUAGUGAGGGUACCGUAUGUUUGAGUACAGAGGUACGUAUCUACUACCAGGUUCAGUCUUUUGAGCCAAGGUAA